GUUUGGUACAGGACAUAAAGACUAUUUAAAAACACUUGGACUUUGGAACUAAGAUAUCGAAAAUGCCACCGGCAGUUCUACUAUUACACCUUCUACUAUUCUUACAGUUCUUAGGCGCGGUGGCUGUACUUGCGCUCCAAAGCUUAGAAUUCGUCUCCUCUCAUAGGCUGUAUUACACCGGCGAACUCUCAACAGACCAACCAUCCAUAGCUACACUUCUAUCUUUUCUUAUCAGCGGUUUUUCUAUACUAGCCAGCAUGGUUUUAGUUUGUCUAACUCGUAGCUCUAACCUGAAGGUGUCCUCUAUGGAUCGAAAUAUCGGAUUAGCGAUGACUUUAAUAUGGAUAGCGCUGGUGGUCAUACUGUUUGUCUUGGAGAGGCCAUUAUCCAGCGCGGUCAGCGCUGCUGGUAAAAGCUAUCAAAUUUUUUGGCUUGCUGUUCGAGUGAUGGCCAUAUUUACGGCGACAUGUUGGACCAUGCGUACUGUUAUACAGUACAUCACGCUUGUCCAAACAAAAAUCAUAUCGUCCAGCAAUGAAACACCAUCAUCCAUUCAACCAGAGCGACCUAAGUGGGCAAGCCAGCCAAGCAUGUCGGAAUCCUUGCAAAGUUUCUCUAUCAACGACAAGCACAUGAACCCAUAUCAUAGCGCCACCAGUGUCAACUCCAUUCGCCGUGGUGAUUCUCCGUUAAGGCAUCCUCUCACGAAUAGUUCUGUGGAAGACAUCCCUCCUUUGCCGAAACCGGCCGAAGGCAAUUACGACAAACCUCCAUCAACAAACUCUACCCCGGAACAACCGGAAACUCCAACAAACACGGGGAACAACGAAAUCGAUAAGCAUAGAAGCCAUAUUUUCCAGGAAAUGUACACAGACAGAAAUGGUUAUUUAUAGAAAGUAGUUACCUGUAAUAUGGCCAACCUUGGAAGCAAUUCUGCCGCUUGCAUAAUACAAUCAAUCAAGCAUAGGCUAAACCGUGUACUAGUCUUCACAUAAUUUGAUACAUAAAUGCUUUUUAUCGACUGGACUGUCCACAACAGAAU